AUGCCCACUGGUUGCGCCCGAAAGUCUCAGCUCAUGUUUGCUGCAGCCAUAGCAAGGCUCGCAGACAUCAAGCGUGCAGUGAAGCGCUUGCAGCUGCCCACGGGCGGGCUGCAGCGUCAGCUGGUCAACGAGAUUGACGCGCUCAUUGCCUUAGACCACCCAGCGAUCGUGCGGCUCAUCGAGUACUUCGUGGCCGACUCGGAAGUGUUCUUGGUCAUGGAGCUGCUGCAGGGCCCCAGUCUGGGAGAGAAGCUCCGUGAACUCGGCCGCUUCUCCGAGACAUUCGCGGUGCGUUGCCUUCGUCACAUGCUGAAGGCACUGUUCUGCUGCCACUGCCAUGGCAUCGCGCACAACGACGUCAGCGAGGAGAACUUCCGCUUUGAGACCUGUCGAGCCGAUGCUGCUUUACGCAUGGUGGACUUCGGCCUCAGUGAGAUGAGUGCUCAGGAGUCUGCCGCUCGGUCCGAGCACUUCCCUCGUGGCCUUUAUGUGCAGAAGCGUGACAUUUGGAGCGUUGGCACCAUUUUGUACCAAAUGCUGGCAGGCGAGCGACUGCUCCCUGAGGAGAGUGGCAGCCACUUAUCCGAAGCGACGAACCCAAGUUAUGUGCCCUCGCGUUUGAGCGCGCUCCGUGGCGCAUCGGCUCAGGCCCGGGACCUGUUGGCGAAGAUGCUGGAGCCCAGCACCGACCGACGCAUCGCGGCACAGGAGGCCUUGCAGCACCCACUGGUGGUCCAGUCUUACGCUUUGGCGCAAUCGGAGGUGCCCGACGAUGGCACGAGCCCGCGCACGGCCGCCAGCGUCGCGCUGGCCAACCGAAACCGACGGCGGCUCGCUGGCUGCGUGCCCGCCCUCUGCGCCUUUGCCAGGGCGCCUCGCAUCAAACGCCUUGCGUUGCUGGUGGCAGCACACCUUCUCGGAGAUGAGGUCGGGGGCCUGCGCUGGCUCUUCCGAUUCCUGGCGCGGGAUGCCUGGCUGAUCGAGGAGUCGGUCUUCGAGGAGGCGCUGCGGGAGGCGGGGGAGGAGGUGCCGCAGGACUUCGCGGCUCUUUUCAGAAGUGCCGAUCUGUCAGGCUCGGGUGCCUUGAACUUCGUGGAGUUCAUGGCUGCGAUGAUGGCCAGCCUGCCUGAGGUCUACUCGACCCACUCCUCCUUGAAGGCGGUGUUCCACUUCUUCGACAGCAGCGGUGCUGGCAUCAUUCGUGGCGAGCACCUGCACACACUCUUCCCAGCAAGGACUGAGGACGAGUGCGCGCUGAUGAUCCGACAGAGUUGUGGGAAGGAUUCAAUGAGCUUUGUGGACUUCCAGCGCGUGAUGACUCCCGCGAACUGGAAGCCCGGUGAGCGGGCCAAGUGGGCGGAUGUCCCGGAUGUGACGAGCCCCGUUCUUGGGGCCAAGGGCUUCAAGGAGCAAAAGAUGCGUGGCUCUUCCUCGGAUCCCGAACGUGAUUGCCAGGUGACGAGCCGGGUCACCUCCGCGCCCUCUGAGGCUUUUGCCAUACGGCAGAAGCCCGGCUUCCACCGCGGCGCGCUGCGACCCUUCUACGCGGCGCAGCCCGUGUCCAACGUGGUGCUGGGCCUGGCGGCGGGAUCCUCGGGCUACGCCCGGCGCGCUGUCCAGCUGCGCUGCACAGAGCUCGUCGACACGGAGCACGGGGCCUUCUUCUUCAUGCCCAACCCGAAGUAUCACUGGACGCCUGAGGCCGCCUUCAACGACGAACGCAAGGCCCGCUUUGUGGCCUGGUGGAUUCACCCGGACCUUUGCUCAAUGUUGCGAGCAUGGACGGCCGGGACGGCCGGGGCGCCCGUGCGGUCGGUCUCGAGAGGCGACGAGACCGGCGUUGGGGCUCCAGGGGAUUUCGGCUACUCGGAUACGCCGAAGUCCCCGGGCUACCUGCACACUUGCCGGGACCUCUGCGGGCGCGCGCACGUCAGGAUGCUGGAUGCCCUGGUGGCCGGGAUCAAGACGUACCUGGAUCGCAUGUUCGGCGGAGAUUUGGCGGCCGCGCACGUGUCAGCGGGCUUCCACUACCCGGUGAGGCCUCAGUACAGCACGCUCCAUUUGCAGAUCCGGGUCAACGCUGGCGACGUGUGUCCAGGCGAAGGCCGCGGCGUGGACCUCUUCAGGCUGCAGAACAGGUUGAAGGCCGACCCCGAGUGCUUCCAAAGAGACGACGAGACGCUCUUCUACGAGGCCACGGCCAACUUGAGGAUCGCGCUUCUGAAAGCCUGUGACAAGGCGACUGGCGUCCACGGCAUGGGUACGCGGAUGGUGCGGGAGGUGGGGCCCAAGUCACUGGUCUUGGGCGAGUAG